UUUUCAAACUACCACGCGGCUUGUGUUGCAAUCGUCUCGAUGCUUUAAAUGUCACAUGUGCCUUCCUGUGUGAUUUCACUGCUGCACUUUUGGCAUGAGACAGGAAGUUUGUUGACUGUUGGUACCGUUCGUGACUUGGGGUCAGAGAACAUCAGGGACAAUGAACAGCAGUUUAUUCUGCAAUACUACAUUUCAGAUCGGACUCCUCCCGCCAAUGUAUGGCAUUGAGAUGAGCGUGGCUCUGCUAGGGAAUAUAUUUGCCCUGUGGCUCCUGGUGACCAAAGAGAGGCAAAACUGGCACACUGGAGUAGUGUUCUCCUGUAACCUGGCCAUCUGUGACAUCCUAUACGUCCUGACCUUGCCUUUGCUCAUCAUUUACUAUGCCAAAAAUAAGAGGUGGAGCUUUGGAGAUGCUGCAUGCAAAAUCGAACGCUUCCUCUUCAGCUGCAACCUCUACGGCAGCAUUUUCUUCAUCAUGUGCAUCAGCGUCAACAGAUACAUUGCCAUAGUUUUCCCCUUCUUCACCCGGAGCUACGUCAGGCCUAAGCACGCGAAGAUCGCCAGCGUGCUGGCGUGGAUCUUCGUGAUCAUCGCUUCGUCGCCAGUCCUCAAAUAUGCUGGAACCGAAAACGAAGAAAAUCUCACUCUUUGCGUCUCGUGUCGCGACAAAAGCCUGAGGAUAUCACAUUACAAGUACACUCUGUUCCUCGCGGUUGUAGGAUGCACGAUUCCGUUCUUAAUCACCUUUGCGUCGUAUCUGGGUGUGAUUUGGGCGGUCCUGAAAAAUAAAAACAUAACCUUGCUAGAGAAGAAGAAGGUGGCUCUGAUGGUCGCUCUGGUCUGCAUACUUUACUCCACGUCAUUUGUGCCCUAUCACGUUCUGCAGACGUACAAUAACUAUCUGAAGUCUAAGCUGUUAAUGAAAUGCUGGGUGUAUAACUCAUAUCAAGUGUCAAAAGGCCUGGCCACCCUGAACAUGUGCUUGCACCCGCUUCUAUACAUGGCUGUGUUUGACAGCAUACGGACCGCUUGCUGUGGAAAGAGUUCAGAUGAAUAACUUUCAUACAUCUUGGCCAAAACCUCACGCUGUGGCUUCCUGAAUGUACAUCAAAUGCACCAUUUCUGUUGAUGGCUGUAUCGUUUUCUUGUAUGUCUGCAAACCACAUACAAAAUGAAAAUUAUUUCCUUUGUGCCACUUCUGUGUAAGCUAACAGGAACGUAUCUGACAUUAAACACUGACCGUUACAAUGCUUCUAUUUUGGCUGCAAACAAUGCCAAUUAAAAAUGUUUAAUAAAAGA